AUGAGUGCGACGCUCACUUCCUACGAGCCUACUUCGUGGUACCCCCAAGCGUACACCUCAACCCGAAACCCGCUCAGCACUUAUGAGCGCUCGUCGAGUGUGUGGGAUUCGCCGGCAUGGAGCACGGACCGUGCGCCCUUUCGCUCGAGCAUCUGGCAGAGUCCUCCUGCCUUCUCGACCUGGCGCCCCUCGCUCAGUACACCGACGCCAAGCCCUGCGGCACCCGAGUCGAUUAGUGGAUCGAGCAGUUAUGGGUUUGUGAACACACGCUCGCUGGUCUUGCCCUAUGCCAAUGUCCAAGAAUCGUCGUCGUCCAGCACCUUGGUGUCGAGUAGUGGCGGAGCGUCGAGCAGCGCGAGCACGAGCACGAGCAGCGGCUCGUCUUCAUAUCCCCUGCGGAUCAUUCCCCAGAACGUGACGCGUGUGCAGCAUUCCGACACGGUCCUUACUGCUGUGCUCUUCAAGCCAUCGAUGCCGUGGCCCUGGGUCGUACGCCAGCGCGACACGACGGCCCAGAUCUUUACGUACAUGCCCCGACUAAUUGCGACCGGUAUUGAAGAUCCGCCCAGCAGCGUGUUCACGAAAGAGCUGCGUGAGUACAUGGUGAAUGACACGUCGCGUACGCUCUACCUCGUUUAUAUUCCCGAUGCUCGAGUUGACGAGUUCAAGAAUGCUAUCCAGUCGCCGUUGGACAAGAUGGCUCCGGCGCAGGCAGAUGGCGUCGAGCACCAGCUCCUGGAGCAGAUCGAUACGUCGUUUGACGGGUACGCCUACGCGGCCGCGCUGCCGCCUGAUGGUCCGCAGCCAGUGCCUGUCACGACACGCAAUGCGCUUGUCGGCUGUUUUACCGGCGUCGCUGGCCUAGCACUUGCCGGCUUCUUCAUCUGGCUCAUGCAGCGUUUCCACCGACGUAGCAUCGCGCGGAGGAAACGCGAGCGGCGCAGCACGAUCAAGUCGUUUAGUGCGCUGUCCAACUCGCCCGUGCUGCUUGCGUGCGACCUGCCUCCUGCGCCGCGGAACAGCAGUUUCUAUGUCGGUGACGCGCACAGCUCGUCCAUCACGGCCUUUGAGUCGGCCGGCGUCACUGGAACGUGUGAUGUCGUCGCGACACCUUUCCUUGGCUCGUGCCCUGUUGCGGCCACGUCCCCGUGGCGGCCUAUCCCCCCCCGCGAUGCGCCCCGCUCGGAAAGUGACGAGGAGUUGGGCGUGAUCGAGCGUUACUACAAUUACUCCGAUCUGAUCCCCCACGUUCAUGCGAGCGGCGCGUCGUCGCCCGCCGCGACGGCGCACCGCCGGACGCGCUCUACGAGUUCGAUUUGA